AAUUACAUCACAUAGACAUAGAGUAAGGAAGAAAGAUGCUGUUUACUGAGCUAUUGAUCUAAUGUUUAUGUUACGAGAUGAAAUAUGGAUGUGCUAAGACCGCCUGUUGUAUGGAUUGAUGGCAGAUGUUACAGGAAGUAUCCUGUUACUGGUAGUAACCAGAAAGAACAGUGUUACAGAAGUGAAGAAAAUUCUCAUCAAUCCCAAAAUGUGGUGUGGACAGAAGAAAGUUUUGACGUCGAUGUCCCAAUAGAGGAAACGGAUGAUGGCCAAUUUAAAGCUACCUUAGCCAUACCAAGUGUUUUCUUCAAAGUCAUUAUUGGGACAAAAGGAUUAACUAAAAAAAGACUAGAAAAUGAAACCACAACCAAAAUUAUAGUUCCUAAACAAGGCAUGGAAGGUGACAUUAUUAUCUAUGGGCCUCAGAAAUGUGGAGUUAUUUCAGCUAGGACAAGGAUGGAACUUUUAGUGGACUCUGCAAGAAAGAAAACUCCUUUUACACAUUUUCUCUCAUUACCACUCAACCAAGGCCCCAUUCAGAAUGGUUUUCUAGAUUUCCGAGACGAUGUUUUAAGACAGUGUGAUGGGAUGAGAGGAAUUGAUGCAAGUAUUUUUCAAAAUCCCCAAAAGUUGCAUUUAACUAUUGGAACAUUAGUAUUGCUUGAUAAACAAGAGAGAAAACUUGCUGGUGAAAUUUUGAAGCAGUGUGAAAAAGAAGUUGUAGAGCCUUGUUUGGAAGGACAGCCACUAGAUGUUACAGUUGAAGGUAUAGAAUACAUGAAUGAUGACCCAGCAGAAGUGGAUGUACUGUAUGCCCAGAUCCAGACCACCAAUCACUCAAAUAGGUUACAGCGGCUAGCCAACUCUCUGGUAGAUAAAUAUACAUCAUCGGGUCUCAUGAACAAACAGUUUGAUAGCGUCAAAUUGCACCUUACAUUAAUGAACACCAAGUUCCGUACUGACAUCUCGGGAGAAAGUCAAAACUCACCUCAGAGAAGAAGGAAACCGAGAGAAACGUUUGAUGCUUCAUAUAUUUUACAGACCUUCAAAAAUUACCAUUUUGGUCACACUACAAUAUCAGAAGUACAUCUCUCUCAACUUCAUGCUACAGAUAAGGAUGGUUAUUAUGCUUGUUCUGCAAAGUUGGAGCUUCCAAAGUAAUUUUUUUCUAUACUAUUGCAAUGUAGAAUAAAGUGUUCUAACAAGUUAUGAAUAUAUACACAAGAUUUGAAUAAAAUCUGUUUGUGAAUAGUUAUUAAUUCCUGA